UUAAUAUCUGUCAAAACGUUGACUGCGAGCUUCUUGUACUUUUAUUUAUUUAUUUAUUUUUUCAUCAACAAUAGUAGACAGACCACAAGUUACAUAUUUAGACUGAGACAUAUUGAUAUAAAGGGAAAUCCCCUUCUGACGUAUAAGCGUUCUCCGCCGUCUGAUUACUUCCGGGUUUCCAAGAACUCUAUUGUGGCCAUAGUAGGAGAACGUACACUAGCUAUCGUACGACGCUUCUGACGCGAGGCCAACGGAAAGAUGUAAUAAUGGGARGUUAUUAGAGAUCUUAGCGAUGCCGGUUGGAAGUCGGCAAAACCGCGUUCAGGCUGUGCGAAAAGUGUCUGGUAGUACUGAUAGUACGAUUCCUCGAGAGGCUGGCAUAUAUCCCAUUAGAUAUACAGAAAGAAAGGAACGUAAGGACGUACAAACAGUAGAAAAUGGAACAAACGAGGAUUCAAGAGCUUCUCAGUCGCGUGGUCGUCGAAGGAGACAGCCAACUAGUAGGACGCUUCGACAGACUUCUCAAUCGAGGCCUGARGUGUUAGAGCGUAAUGAAAGCGGCUCCGACUGCAAGAAAGGCGUGCAUUCUCACUCCAGCGCAAGAAAGGUGGAAAGGGAAGGCAGCCGUUGUGCAUCACGGGGACUGCAUCUGUCGUCAACCACCCGCUGCACAGCCARGGAAUUGGAUGUUGCUAAACAGGAAGAAAAAGAAGAGGAGGACAACAAAGAAGGAUACGCCGACGAAGAACAAAAAAUUGAAAAUUCUACUCAGGAAAGAAAAGUUGUGAAUACUUCAAUGGAGGACAAAGCGACUUCACAUUCCACCAAAGGUUCAUUUCGACUGACUAAUUCCGAUAGCAACAAAGAACUGCAUAAGGCUAUCAAAGUCCGCGGUAGUCUAAGUAAAACUGAUAUUACCGAAAAGGCGAAAUUCGUGAAUGAAGUGGUAGAGAAAGAGAUCAUUUCUCAAGUCUUUAAAAUCGAYAACAGGUUCACCUUCGACAUUCUACAUGCAGGGAGUUAUUAUGAACGCCUCAAAGUAGGCGAGGCUGAUGAAUUUGAUAUUAUGGUACAGUUGAAUGCAGCUAAGUUGUCCAAUAUAUUCCAACCUCGCUUUUGUGUAGCGAGAAGACAUUCUCGACACCUUGUAGGAUUUGCUUAUCUGGAGUAUCAAAGUCACUUUGAUGGGCACAAAAAAUGGGAGGAUUUACUGGAAACCGGAGGACCUGAUUCACGACCUCUUCUAUCUCCCAAGCUWAUCCUAGAACACUUUAAAGAGCUUCUUAGUCAACGGCUGCACCAAAUAAAUUGUGUCGGAAAACAGCCUUGGCGGAGUUAUUGUGAGCCCAGUUUACAUGGUCCUGCGGUGAAACUGACCUUCUGUCUUGCAAAUGAUAAAACACUGGAUAUUGACGUAGUUCUUUGCAUCCAAUCACAGCAUUGGCCUCCUGUUGCAAACAACUGGGGUGUUCUUAAUCCAUUACAGUGGCCUGGUGCACAACAGGUGGAAAACAUCAAAAAAAGGGGCUGCCAUGUUGUACCUAAAGUCAACCCACGUGAUCAAAAAUGCUGGAGAACAUCUUUCUCUCUUGCAGAGAAAGAUCUUCUAUCCCCAAARUCCAUUGACGAGGAUAAGGAGCAUUACAAAAUAGUUAAAGUGAUUUUUGAAAGACAUAAAGCUUCACUUGAGCCACUCUGCUCAUACCAUCUAAAAACGCUAUUCUUAUGGUUAAGAUCAGACGGCAAUUGGACUGAAAAGCGCACUCAAUUUAAGGUCAUUGAGUAUUUUAUCCAACAGCUUUUAGAGAAAGUAAGGAUGAAAGAACUUCCUCAUUUUUUUAUUGGCCAUAAUUUGAAUUUAUUCAGUGAUCUGUCAGACGCUCAGGUUACUAAUAUUACCACAUGUCUUAAAGAAAUUAUCAAAAAUAAAUAGUCUGUUUUAACAAAAAUACGUAAAAUGCA